AACUCUAAAUUAUCGUAUGUCAUUACUUUCUUGAUCUCACAUCCUACCUACCCGUUUUAACCGUCAAGCCACUCAUCUAAUUUAGAAUAAGAAUGAAGUCACCAGGUUGCUUUUCUUUCCUUUUUAUUUCUGGUGGAACCUGGGUGCUGUUUUACAUUUUAGUUUUAUCAGAAAUUGCUUCAUUCAACUCGUUAAUCAGGUUGCAAUUAAAGCCUUCAUUAGGGCUAUCCAUAAUGUAAUUUGAAAAUAGUUUAUUUGAAUGAAGUAUUUGAUGUAUUUUUCAUCUGUAACUUUUUAUGUAAUAUGAUUAAUGGGAGCAUCAUGAGGUGUAUUCGUUUCGAGUCACUUUCUGCUACUGGUCCUCCUUAAAAAUCAUGGCUAGUUGGCUACUAUUCCUUUCUUUACUAGACAAGUAGGGAACCCCUGUCUACUGAUUUUGCUGUUCUAGGUUGUCUUUUGUGAUAGAAGUUUGCUUUCAUUUACUAUCAUCUGUGUAAAACUGAGAGUGUAAGAGUACGGCCAUAGGGAUUAAACUUGUAAGGAGAAUUAUCCUGUGGAUUAAAUCUUAAGAAGAAAACAGCUCCACUCAAGCAGCCUUGUGGAUGUGAAAAUCUGAGCUCUGUUUACCAAGAGAAUAUUUGAUAUUUCUUCCCUCUCAUUGUCAGAUUAUCUGUACAGCUUUGCCUGUAAACAUACGAUAAACUGCCAAUUCAUGAUAAUGUCUUGGUCACAAUAUUUUUGUUUGUCGUCCGUACUCGCUUGUAGUAGUUUCUUCAGGCAAUUGAUUGUACACAAGGACAGCAGUAAGAACAACAAUCUAGUAUAGAUUGAGGGUGAAGUUUAGGGGAGGGUCAAUUAUGCAGCAAGUAAAUAAACUGCUUUCCUGAAGACCAGAAUAGAUUGUGGGGAGCACAAGAUAUGGUUUUGAAUUUCAUAUGCUCUUUAGAUUACCUAACCCACCUCUAUGGUUGUCUUCUUGUCAAAAAUAAUUACUGUAUUUAGUAUGUUAUUCUCUGUUUUUCUUCUUCUUCUUUUCCAUCAUUUUGACUUCUACGUUAUUCAUAUUAUAGCUUUGUCCGUAAAGUUUUUGACUAAUGUUAUAAAAGCAACUAUUAGUAAAUAAAAGUAAUUAGUGAUAUUAAUGGUAAAACUUGUGCGAUAGCAAGCGUAAAAUCAUAUAGAUGCAAUAGGAUGAAAAAACAGUGAAAGUAUUAAUUUCAAUAAUUGUUUUAAUUUUCUUGCUCUUAAAUAGGAAUGCCUGCGUAAUACUUCUAUAUAAAAAAUUUGUUUUAUAUUCUUUGCUUUUAAGCUUUAAUGGUUGGUGAUGACUGAUACUAAAUUUGAUAACUGUUCAAUAUUUUGAAUUGUAGCAAUACCUUUAUCCCUUUGUAUGCCAACAUUUAGACUGCUUCCUUCUUAAAUAUUCUACCUAGAACACCACUACUUGCAGGACAUUUUAUGCUGUCGUCCAAAUUCAAAGUUCUGACGCAGCAAUUGGGUUUUUUAGUGUAAGAUUAUGAAAUCAUUCUCUCUAAACUGUCUUAUUUUUCCAUUACAAAUGAUAUUAGGGUACUUGAGCUAUGAUUAUAACAAAACAAAAGCAGGUGAGUUUAAGAUCAACUAUUUUGUCCAAAUCGAACAGAAUGUUGCCCUUUAGGAAAAGUCAAAAGCAUAAGACUAAAGCCAGUGCUUUUAAAAUCUUCUUCUGGGUGAAAAAAGGAGUUUAAAGUGUCAUCUGUAGCAUGCAUGAACCUCUUUCCAUAUUCCCCUAACACUCUUAUAGUACAUUUUUUCUAGGUUAAGGUUAUGAUUAGGACCUUAAAGUUGGUUGUCUGAUGCAUGAACUUAGGACAAAUAUUCAGGCUUUUUGACAAGUACAUUGCAAUUAGUAUCUUAAUUACCGAACUAAUUAUAAUUUUCAUUUAACCUUUGAUUGUUUAGCAGAGUUCUAUAGCAAACGUGACAGAACUGAAUAUAGUUAAAAAAAAAAGUGACCCAUGAACUAUAGAUGCUGAAGGGGUUACAUACUUACAUUACAUGUAUUAUGGGUGCAUGUGGGGUUGCUAUAUUCUGUUCUUUUCCCUUUUCCUUUUCAAAUCAUUAAAUAAGAUUGUCUCUUUUCUUACCACACUCAUAAAUUAUUGUAUGUUCUCGUUAUUAGGUGUGGGUAUAUAUAUAUGUGUCCUAGAUGCAUUGAGGAGCAUGCAGAAGUCAGAGCAAUCCACAGAUGCCAUUGUACAUGCUGAUGAGCUCUUUUGUGAUGGCCUCCUCAUGCCUCUUGUUAACUUAUCAAGGACUAAAGAUUAUAGUGAUUCAAGUCCUUGUGCUUCUCCUUUGUCAGAUUUUCAGAACAGAAUCGCUGUUUCAGGUGAUCGUAAGCUCCGUUGUUCUUCCUUGAGAAGGUGUAGGAGCUUAUUAUCUCGGAAAAUGUUUGAAAAAUACUUGUAUUCUUUGUUCCCGUUAUUGGGUAAAAUGAGAUGCUGCAGAUCAAAGUCUAAAGCUAGAUCUGCUGAUAACAGAUCAUAUUCUCCACAAGCAUCACCUCGAACGAGUGUAGGUUCCUUCCCUGGUGACUUGAGGCGGUCGUGUGAUUCUGAGAGCUCAAUUCAUGAGGCAGUUCUUCAUUGUAAAAGAUCUAUUGGUAUGUAAUUAUAUAGUACCCUUCUGUAUUCAGCUAGUUCUGUACAUAAGAGAAGGAACCAUAAUAGAAAGCCAUGAUGAUAUAUUGAUAGGAACAAGUACCAUAUAUUGUGAGAUUUACAUUUUUGCAGAGAGAAGGAAUGAGAGGUGCAGAGAUGUUUGUGUCUCUUUUUUGCUCUCAUCUCAUCCAUGUACUUUCCCUUUUCUUGCUUACAUUAUGGUGCAACUAAAUUUAGUGGUCCUGCUUUUGGACUAGAAGAUUAAAGGAUAUAUUCAUGUAUUAAGAAUUUUCUUUAAUCUUCCUUUUCUCCCUUCUGUGAUUUCGACGAAAGAAUAGAAAUGCACAUUUGAUUAUACGUGUUAUACUAUAUGAUCUAUACAUCAACGUGUUAUACUGUAUCA